AAUGCAUUGAGUGAUAUUGUGGAUCAUUUGCAGCCAUGGAAGAAGAUUUCAGGGAACGCAGUUUGAGGAGCAGAGAAGAUGAAGCAGAUAAGCUAUGUUGAAUCACCUGGGGAACUUAAGAGAUCAGAUUGCUUCAUACAAUUUUGGGGCUGACAGGCAAUCCAUCAGUCUCAAGAUUUCCUCCAUGGGUCCGGCGGGGGCCUCCAGGUCUCCCCAUCUCUCUUUCUCCAUCUACCAAGCAAUCAGACGCUACGUUUUCGUGGCAAAAAGGCAGCAGCUUGGGAAGCGGCUUGGGAGGGGGCACCAGUGCCCAUGGUGGACCCCCACGGAUUGGUCCCAGAGGUGUUGCUGGAAGAAGGGGAAGAAAUCCGACCUCUAAAGGAGAUGCCUCUCUGCCUGGAGGAGAAACGCAAGCUCAGAAUGCUGCAGAAGCAGGCUGUAAAGCAACUGAGCGGUUGGCAACUUUGGCAUGCAGAGAAGUUGAAGACACUGCGCCGUCUCCGGAGUCAGGCAGGCAUAGCCGUCUCCUCUGCUGCGAUGUGGCGGGGCACUCUGCACCACAUUGAAGGCCACUUUGGAACAGGGAUCCAAUCCUAUUUUAACUUCUUGCGUUUCUUGGUCCUGAUGAAUUUUGCUGCUUCCUUGCUGGUGGUGGGAUUUGUGAUUGCUCCAAAUGCUGCCUUUGAAGCUCUACACCUCAAUUGGACAAGCCAACCAAACAGCAGUUUGGUGAACGCACGAUGUCAACAAUACAAUCCGACCCCUCAAGGCUUGGUCAGCUACUUUUCCUAUCUUAUGGAUCUUCUGUCAGGCAAGGGAUUCAUAGAACAAACCUACCUGUUCUAUGGCUACUAUCCAAAUUUGGCUGUCAGCUUUGUCAGCUUCUCCUAUGACAUCCCCCUUGCUUAUCUCCUCACAACACUCUUCUACCUCCUCUUCUGCCUAGCCUGGAUUGUUCGGAGGUCAGUCCUCUGUCUCAAACAAAGCCUGGUUAGUGAAGACACAUCCCUUGCAUCCUACAGCAACCAAGUCUUUGCUGGCUGGGAUUUCAACCUGAUGCAAAAGGACAUGGUGCAGUUAAAGCACAAAAGCAUUCGCUACGAGCUACGGAUGGACCUGGAAGAAGCCGCUUUCUGCAAGCGCCAGGCAGAGUUGACCACGUCCCAGCGUGUUGGCCUCUAUCUCCUGCGAAGCCUUCUCAACGUCCUGGUCUUAGUGCUUUUGGGAGGCUCCUUCUACUGCAUCUAUCUGGCGACGAGCUUUUCCCAGGGGCUGCUGGGAAAAACAGACUCUUCUGAGAAAGGUCAGUACUUCCUGGAACUGCUGGUGGCUUAUCUCCCAUCCAUUGUCAUCACAGCUGCCAAUCUCCUUAUCCCGAUGAUCUUCGAGGUCCUUGUUCCGCUCGAGAAAUACCCACUCAGCUUUCAAAUCAAAAUCACCCUUCUCAGGAAUGUUUUCCUGCGUUUUGCUAGCCUAAUUGUGGUCCUCAUCACACUGUGGGGCCAGAUCACCUGUAAUGGGGACCUGCAGAAAUCAGAGUGUCAGAACUGUGGUUAUAAUAAUCAUCUUCACCCGUGCUGGGAGACUUCGGUGGGGCAAGAAAUGUACAAGUUGAUGAUCUUUGACUUAGUGAUCACACUGCUUGUGAUACUGUUUGUGGAGUUUCCCAGAAAGAUGUUGGUGACUUACUUGCCCUCCUGCCCCUUGAUCAAAUGGUGGGGGGAACAGGAAUUCAUGGUGCCUGGCAACAUUUUGGACCUGGUGUACGGGCAGACCUUGUGCUGGACAGGAGCCCUUUUCUGCCCUCUUCUGCCGGUGCUCAACACCAUCAAAUAUAUUGUUGUCUUCUACCUGAAAAAGCUCACCCUUUACGCCAACUGCCGUCCAGCUGAACGUACAUUCCGUGCUUCAAGCUCCAACUAUUUUUUCCUUUUGAUUUUGCUCCUGGGUCUCACCAUAUCCUGUGUUCCAGCCCUAUACAGCAUCUUUGUCCUGCCCCCUUCAAAAGCAUGUGGCCCAUUCCGAGAUGAACCCACUAUGUGGAAUGUUGUCAGCAAGGCUGUGUCAGAGUUACCAAUGGCUACCCAAGACUUCUUGAGGUUUCUGGGCUCAGUUGCCUUUGCUGUGCCCUUGUUCCUGAUUCUGAGCAUCCUCAUGUUCUAUCUCAAGGCCCUGGCCAACUCAUACAGUUCCAUGGUCAAAGGUCUCAAAGGACAGCUCCGUCUGGAGGGUCAGGACAAGCUCUUCCUCGUGAAACGGAUUUCAGAACUGAGUCAGUGAAAGAAAAGAAAUACAUACCAGGAUACACCUUUUUCACCUUAUUCAAAAAUACUUCAGGAUGUCACCAAUGCUUUUAUGUUAUGGGUUUUUUAAUUGUACUGCAGCAAUGCACUACUGUGGCUUCCAAGUUCCUCUGAAAAUUGUUGCUCCAUUAUAAUUUUUAAUGUGACAGAAGGGAAAACGUAUUAAAUAAGGAGCAAUUAUAUUUAAAUUUAGCUUUAAUGAACUAGCAGCUGGGCGACUUGGAUGCUCAAACUUUGAAAUACUGAAACCUCCUAAAAUAAUAAUUUGUGGAACUCAAUUAAAAUUAAUGAUUUCAUCAGGA